AUGGUCCGCCUUACCGUCGCCGCUAUCCUCACCUUCGCCCUCUCCGUCUACGCCGUCGGUGACCCCGCCGGUGCCGCCGACGUCGGCAACGGCCAGGGCAAGCAGUUCAUCACCGGAGGCUGCCUCUCCGACGCCGACUGCCGUUCGGGGUGCUGCGCCGGCCUCAAGGACGGCGCUGUAUGCUCCUCUCCCGACGUCGCCUUUGACCAGGGCAAGCAAGGCUGCGGCUUCGGCAGCGCCGGUGCCGGCGGUGCCGGCGGUGCCGGUGGCAAGAAAGGCAACAACGGCAACAACGGCAACAACGGCCAAGAUGGUGGCAGCGGCGGCCAGUGUAACCAGAAUGGUGGUAAUGGCGGCAACGGCGUCAAGCGUAACGUUGCUCGCAAGUUCUCUGCCUAA